GCCGAUACAUUACUGCAAACAGUUUCAAACGUCGGGAAUCAUUGCUCGGGCCCCACUGCGGGACUAACCGGUCGGUCAGUCCCGUGGUGGGGUCCCCGUGACGACCGGGGAGCUUAGAAGUGGGAUCGUCUACCCCGUAGAGCGCUCGAACCAGCUGGCCCACCCUGCAUGGGUGCGUUGGAGGCACCUCGACGCUGCAGCACCUCCGUGCUGCGGUGGGAGUUGCUGGCGCACGGGGGAUGGCAGAGACUGGAAGUCGCUCAUCACCCACAUGUUGAGGGGUCAGGAAGGGUCUCAAGCGACGCUCAAUAGGCCUUCGCUGGCUGUCCCACCGAACGACUCGAAUGACGCGCCGUCGAUGACGGAGCGGAAUACAAAUUAUGCGCCGCCGAUACAUCCGAUCAACGAGGUUCGCCGUACGCGAAUGCAGCCGAUCAACGUCAGCGCUAACGGCAUUAUCUACCAGGCCGCGCUCUCCCCUCGUACAACACGGGACAACAUGGUCGCCGCUGAGCUGACCGAGUGGCUGAGGCAGCACCUUGUCCGGGAACGGUUGCAGAAUACAUCGGCGACCAACGGGGCCCUUAAUCUGAACCUAAAGCAGCACCCGGAGGAGCCCUUUAUGAAGGGGGAGGACAAGAAGGACCUAAACCCCUCUAGCUGGGACGAUUAGUUCAACAACCGGACAAGCAAUCUAACCUGAUAAUACCACAUAUGCUCUCGAAGCUUCUCGUGCGUUGGAAACUGCAUAGAACACACUAAGCAUUGGAUUUGAUCCAUUAUGAUACUGCAAGCCUCGCUGGAAGGUCAGGAUCUGGAACGGGAAGUUUCUUGGUUGGUAAAGCUGAACUCAAAAACGUCGUCUUGGAUCAACUGGCGCCGAUGCCGAACCUAAUAUGUAGCUAGAUUACCAUCCCUACUCAAAACGAAUAAGAUCGCUUCAAUGCCUCG